AUGUCGCUCCCAGUCAUUGCUAUUGCAGGAUUAGCCUGUGAAACCUCCACUUUCUCCCCAGCACGAACGCGAGCCACGGAUUUUCAUCCUCGUCGUGGCACAGAAAUUCUCGACAAGUAUCCAUUUCUACACCCCGGAACUCCACUGGCCAAGGCUGCAAAGUGGAGAGGCGCACUAAUCGGCCACGCCCUGCCUGGAGGGAUCGUGGUAAAAGCUGAUUUUGAGCAUUUAUGCAAAGAGAUCAUCGCACGCUUGAAGGACUUGGUCGCCUCGACAACCAUCGAUGGACUGUGGUUUGAUAUUCAUGGGGCAAUGUGCGUUGAGGGCAUGGACGAUGUUGAAGCAGAGCUCCUCCACCGUAUACGGGCUGUAAUUGGCCCUGAUGUUCUGGUAUCAGCAUCGAUGGACUUGCACGGCAAUGUGUCCCGUGAACUGGUACAUCAAACAGACCUGAUCACCUGCUAUCGCAUGGCGCCCCAUGAAGAUGCCUGGGAAACAAAAGAACGCGCUUGCCAAAACCUUGUCAAUUUACUGGCAUCACGCACUGGUAGCCUGGUGCGGCCAUUAAAAGCAUGGAUUCCAAUUCCAAUCCUUCUGCCUGGAGAACAGACAUCGACCCGCAUCGAGCCUGCAAAAAGCCUUUACGAUCUAGUACCUGAAGUAGCAGCCAUGCAUGGUGUUUUAGAUGCAGCAAUAUGGGUUGGUUACGCUUGGGCCGAUGAGCCGCGCAACCAUGCUGCAGUAAUCGUUACUGGAGCGGUUGAAGAUGUCAUAAUUGCAGAAGCUGAGAGACUCGCCUCCUUCUUCUGGAAGGCACACCAAGAUUUUCAUUUCGUGGCGCCAAGUGACUCUCUUUGGGGCUGCAUUGACAAGGCCCUUUCCUCGUCAUCGAGACCAUUCUUCAUUUCCGACUCGGGGGACAACCCUACUGCCGGUGGAGCAGGGGACGUGACUUGGAGCCUAAUGCAGCUGCUAGACCGGGCUGAAUUUUUCCAGGAAGGCGGUCCUUCUGCAAUAUACGCAAGUAUACCCGGACCGGAGGCUGUGGCCAUCAUAACGAAAGCCGGAGUUGGUGCGACGGUGACCGUCACCGCUGGUGCUUUAGUCGAUGAUAUUCACUCAGGACCUAUUACAAUGACGGGCAAAGUUCAUUCAAUCAAGUACGGAGAUAUUAAUGCUGAGAUUGAAGCCGUCUUGCAAGUUGGAAACAUCUAUGUGAUCUUGACCCGACGUCGGAAGCCAUUUCAUCUUGAGAAGGACUUUCUCGAACUCGACCUGAGGCCUCGGUCAUUGGAUAUCGUAAUAGUAAAGAUUGGGUACCUCGAGCCAGAGUUGUUCGACAUGGCAGCAGACUGGAAUCUUGCUCUUACUCCAGGUGGCGUCGACCAGGAUCUACAGCGGCUUGGGCAUCAUCGUAUAUGCCGGCCCAUGUGGCCAUUUGAUAAAGAAUUUUCAACCUCCCCUGACCUUGGUGCACAGAUUAUACCGUCUUCGAACCAACCAUUGAAUUAA